AGAGUGCCGGUCCAACAAGCCACGAUUCCACAUGAUCCACCGAACUCACUUUCCGUUACUAGAGUCUCUUUCUGGGUUCCAAUCCACUGAAUUUGAUUCUGUUCAUAUUAAUCACUCGAAUCACUAGCUUCUCAAAUUUUGAAGUUAAAUACUAAUCGAUUAUGGAUAGUGAAAACGCAUCUCGGAGCCCCGAGUUUCCGGCGGACUUGAAGUAUCAAUCGGGCUUCGGGAACCAUUUCUCGUCGGAGGCUAUCGCCGGAGCUCUCCCUCUCAAUCAGAACAGUCCUCUCGUCUGUCCUUACGGCCUCUACGCGGAGCAGAUCUCCGGCACCUCCUUCACUUCCCCUCGCAAACUCAACCAGCGCAGUUGGUUAUAUCGGGUUAAGCCAUCAGUUACUCAUGAGCCAUUUAAGCCUAGGGUCCCCAGUCACGGGAAGCUUGUGAGUGAAUUUAAUGAAUCAAAUAGUUCUGCAACUCCAACUCAGCUACGGUGGAAACCGGUGGAAGUUCCUAAAGCGCCGAUUGAUUUCAUUGACGGAUUAUACACUCUUUGUGGCGCUGGCAGCUCGUAUCUUCGGCAUGGUUUUGCAAUUCACAUGUAAUUGGUAUUCCUGGUUUUACUUUACUGUUUUGCGAUUUCGUGCAAUCGUAUUAAAACAAAUUUGAGGUUAUUAGGUGUAUAGAGGUCAACUUUUAUUUUAAAUUUAUCAACUUUAUGUUCCAUUAAUCAACUAUUCCAUAGACUAAGAUUUUUUUCCCUAUUGCAUCACAUAGUUGUUGUGUAUUUCCAUUAUUUUGUUAUGGGC